AAUAGCACUCCCUCGGAGUUGUUUUAUUUCCUCUACGGAAUAAAUUAUAUUUCAUAUUUUGUGACCACAAUUUGGCCGAUACGAACUAGCCACCACCCUCAUAAACACACGGGACACCUGGAGCUAUGGCGCAACUUCCAUUAAACCCAAAGCCAUUUCUUAAUGGAUUGACUGGUAAAAAUGUCAUGGUAAAGUUAAAGUGGGGUAUGGAAUAUAAAGGAUUGCUUGUGGCUGUUGACGGCUACAUGAAUCUUCAGCUUGAGAGGUCACAAGAGUUCAUAGAUGGAGAAUUAACUGGUUCAUUGGGUGAAAUAUUAAUUAGGUGCAACAACGUGUUAUAUAUUCGAGGCAUUGAAGAUGAAGAUGAUGCAGACGAUGAUACAAUGCGGGACUAACGUAUGCAAUAUAAAAGUGUAAAUAACGUUGCCGUGGCACUUACCAACAACAAACUAAGGUCAAAAGGUUUUACAAUAAACAUUGGCAUAGAACAUCCUUUUGUUUAGUUUUGUAUUUAUGAGUGAAAUGUUUUGUCUAACGUAACACUUUUUUGGAAGAUAUCCGUAUUGCUUUCAAGUUUUA